AAUAAUUUCGGUUUUGCAAAAUUUUCAUGGUUUUCUUCUCCACCUAUCCACUGUCCACACUCUACAGUAGUACUACUCUCCAAUCUCAAUGCACGCGGCCUCAGCGGCGAGAUAAGCCACCGCCGCGGCCGCGCCACCUCACCGGCGGCGCCGGUGACCCUGCCGGACGACGACGACCUCCUCGCCGAGAUCCUCCUCCGCCUCCCGCCGCUGCCCUCCUCGCUCCCCCGCGCCUCCCUCGUCUGCAACCGCUGGCGCCGCCUCGUCACCGACCCCGCCUUCCACCGCCGCUUCCGCCCCCGCCACCACCGGAAUCCCCCCAUCAUCGGCGUCUUUGCCGACGACUUCGGCUUCCCCUUCUUCCGGUCCGUGAUGGAUCCGCGGGAUCUCAUCCCAAGGGAGCGCUUCUCGAUGCGGCUCGGCGAGGACGAGGUCCGCAAAGAGCGGAUGUUCUGCGGAUGCCGCCAUGGCCGCGUCCUCCUCCUGGACCGGAAGCAGAACGAGAUCGUCCUCUGGGACCCCGACACCGGCGACCACCGCCGGGUGGGCAUUCCGCCGGAGAUAGACGGCAAGGAGAAGAUCGUCUGGAACGAGGCGGCGCUCUGUGCCGCCGCCGACGACGACGGCCACGUUCACGGCGGAUUCAGCUGUUGCCCCUUCAAUGUUGCCUUGGUGGGCGUGGCCAGCAACAACACACAAAUGUUCGCUUGCUUCUACACAUCGGAGACCGGCAGAUGGAGCAAUCUCAUCUUCACUCCUGCUCCAUUCUUGGUCUUUGCUUUUGUUGAUCCUGGCAUACUCGUUGGCCAUUCCCUGUAUUGGUUCCCCACUGGUCUUGGCAGUGCCAUUCUUCAGUUUGAUUUGGAUAGGCAAACCCUUGCUGUGAUUGAGUGGCCUUCCAAUCCAAAUUGUUAUAGCCACUACAUGUCUCAGAUCUUUCUGGCAGAAGGUGGUUAUCUUGGCCUUGUCACUCUGUCGUACGACAGCCUUCAAAUAUGGGAGAGGAAGGUCUGUUCUGAAGGUGUUACCAGAUGGGUGCUGCAGAGGACAGCUGAGCUAAACAAGGUUCUUGAACUGGGCUCUGGGGUCAAGACAAGUCAUUUAGUGAGAUUGGGUUAUGCUGAGGAUGUUAAGGUGAUGCUUCUAUGUGCUGAUUCCAGUGUCUUCAUGCUACAAAUUGAUUCACUGCAGUCCAGGAAGCUUUGGGAAACCAAUAUUAUGUCCUCGCUUCAUCCCUACGCAAGUACUUAUGUUGCAGGUAUCUAGACUUUUGACUGUUAUUGGUAAGGUGCAGAGAUGGAUUACUGGUGCAUGAUCUUCCAUUUUGUAUGUGGCGGUGGCUGUGUGGCCUAUGAAGAUAUGUGCCAAUGACCCAAUGUAUAAACUGGAAACUGACCCUCUAUUUAUUUAGUGCACUUUGUCAAUUGUGAAGUGGACUCGUAGGAAUUAUCUACUCGAGAUGUCCUGUUAUAAGACGUAACAACUGAUGCCCUGACUUGCUUUCUAUCAAAGUGAAAUGAGCAUUAUGAUAAGCAUUAUAACGAAUGUUUUAUUCUGGACC